AUGGGCGACUCAAAGUCCAGGAUCGCAAAUUCUCUGCGACAAAAGGCGUGCAAGGCGCAAAAGGGUGAAUCGUUUUCACUUCUGAAUCUACCUCUUGAGCUUCAGUACCUCAUCUAUCGAAAAUACUACGAGGACGUUGUCAUAAAAUUGUGCGCAUGCUCUGGUAAACUCGAUUUUCAUGGCUCCCGAAUCCUACCGCUCGAGCUGACUUGCUGGGAAAUACACAUACAAGCGAGAAAGAUUCGAGAAGAAUGCUUCAAUCGCCAUCUCGUCAUCCUGGAUGGGACCUUCCUCAACCUCAACCGUCUGGACGAAUUCACAGAACCUCAGUUCACAUGGCUACGACGGCACAUUCGCUCACUCGAACUGGUCGACCAGGAGACUAUGCAUGUACCAGACCUUCUUUGGCUGGUUAUAGUCAAGGCCUGUCCUAAUCUCCAAGAGGUCUACUUGACACUCUUACGAUCUGUUUGUCCAGACCACAGUUUCGUCCCCGAUUUCCAGCUCGCCGACGACGAUGGCUCAUACGUCGAGGUUGUCUUUAGAGAUGAUCUCGAUGCCGUGGUGCAUCAUGCCCUACGUUUCUUCGAGCUACGUAAACUUGCACGAGCACUCAGGGAGGCGGGAGGGCAUGGACUGAAGGUAGAAGCUCUCGUCAGUCUGAGAGUCGCAUCGUGUGACGAAGUUGAGCGAUAUCUUUUUACCUUGGAUGUGAUGACUGACGUAACGCCUGAUGGCUGUCGAAUUACCGAAAGAUUCAGCUCAGCGUUGGAUACUCAUUCAUACUGGUGUGAAGGGAUGGAUAGUGCCUCGGUUCGCACAAUACAGGAAAUUGAGGAUGACAAGAACCGUCGUGAGAAGCGAGAGACGACCUUGGCCUUGCCUAGACACAUCCAAGAAAACUUCGAUCGCUGGUUUGACGAGCGAGAAAGGCCAAGGACCAUCAGAGACGACGAGACACACGACGGAAACAUCGAGACAUGCCAAUAG